CAGCACCUUCUUCCUGUGGUAGCCCACCAGAGCCAAGAUGGCAAGCAUUGCAGCCAAGCGUGAGGGACCACAGUUCAUCAGCGAAGUGGCCGUGAGGGGUAACGCUGCCGUGCUGGACUACUGCCGCACCUCUGUAUCCGCCCUGUCCGGAGCAACCGCAGGGAUCCUCGGCCUGACGGGACUGUAUGGCUUCAUUUUUUAUUUCCUCUCAUCAUUUCUCCUCUCACUACUGCUCAUCCUCAAGGCCGGACGCCGGUGGAACAAAUGCUUCAAGUCACGGCGGCUGCUCUUCACCGGAGGCCUUGUCGGAGGUCUUUUCACUUACGUCCUGUUCUGGACUUUCUUGUAUGGAAUGGUGCACGUGUAUUAAAAUGAUCUGCUCCAAAUAACCCUGUAAUCUUUCUAUCUAAUACUGUGUAAACAUUUAAUAAUGUCUGUCCUGCUGUUUGUUUAUAGUUGUUUAGUAAAAGAUGUUUGAUUAUAAACUGUUACUAUAGUGAAGAUCAUAUAUUCAAACUUACCGCCCUCCUUUUCUUUCUGUUCUUCAUUAUCUUUGAACUCUAACCUGUAACUCCUUCUCUGCACCACAGUUAUUAAAAUGUAGGUUGGCGGUAACUGUGGCAUUACAUUUUAUGUACAUUACUAAAAGGACAUGAUGAUAAGUGAUUAGUAAUCAGAAUAAAGUCCGUUAUACAA